GGGGCCGCCGUCCGGAGUUUCGCGCCCCAGCCCGUGUGGAGGUUCCCGCGGCCGGCGUCCCUGAGAGAAGAAGAAACCCAUUGGUUUGGAACUGGAGGAUUUUUUUGCAUAAGAUACUAAAAUGAAAGAACCGCCAUUAAGUGAUGAAUGUGACAAGAGUGUGCCACCACAGCUGGGUCAGUGUGAUGGAGUUAAGACAGAACCCAACAAUGCUCAAGAAUAUUGUCAAGCCCAACAGCCCAGAACUCAAGAGAAUGAGCUGAAAAGAAACACUACAUUUUCAGACAGCGCAUCAUCUGGCAUGAAGAAAAAGUUUCCUUCAGAUUCGGCCACUGCUGUUCAAGUUUCCUGUUUGGGUUGUAAAAAAGUUCUCCAGAAAGGACAAACUGCUUAUCAGAGGAAAACCUCGGCCGAACUGUUCUGCUCCAUCCUGUGCAUCGAAGACUCCAUGAUGUCUGCCAGCUCUCUGAGACCUGCAAAGAGAACCUGCUUCAGCUGCUCCAAAGAAAUUUUUAAUCUGAGAGAUAUGGUCAGUGUACAGUUGGAAGAUAAUCGCAUAAGCAACAACUUUUGCAGCCAAUCUUGCCUCUCGUCAUAUGAAGCAAAAAGGAAGCCAUCUGGUUCCAUAUGUACUGACAGUACUUUGACCAAGUGCAGCAGGUGUCAGAAGAUGGCCACUAUUCAGUAUGAAGUAAAAUACAAGAAUGUGAAGUAUUGGCUUUGCAGUAAUGCCUGCUUUUCAGAUUUUCACUCUGCUAACAAUUUCAUCAUGAAUUGUUGUGAGAAUUGUGGAGUUUAUUGUUACACGAGCUUUAGCCUGUUCCACGUACUUCAGAUGGAAGGACAGUCUCACAGUGUGGGCAGUACUAGGAGUGCGAUAACAAAUCAGCAGCAGAAAUUAGUCAAACUUACAUCUUUUCCUUGGAAGUCACUGAAGCCAUCAGAGGAAAUGAUUGAGAUUACUAAUGACUUGGGGAAGACAGAGCUUUUCUGCUCUAUGAAUUGUUUUUCUGUAUACAAGAAAGCUGUGACGGAGACUUCUACAGUGAAUGUUUCCAUGGUACAUGAUACUUCAACAGAGAAUCUUUCUCCAAAGAAAGAUUCAAUUCCAGUUAUAAGUAAUAUAGUGUCAUUAGCAGAUACUUAUGCUGCUGUGCCGAUCAGGAAUACGGAUCUUUUACAAGGUGUAGUUUCUUCAGUAAAUACAAAUGUCACGAUGAAUACCUCUAAAAGCUUAUCCAGUGCAUCAAGUAAUACUGAUGGUACGGAACAGCCAGGCCUUUUGCCCCCUUCAUCAGUGCUCAGUCAGGAUACAGCUGGUUCCAGUACAGAAGUACAAAACCAUUCCAUGUCAAGCCAGGACCCUACCUACAAUUUGGAAUCUGGAAGUGAUGGACUCUGUCACCCAAACCCUACAUCCAAGGUGCAAACAUGUAAAGAGAAGUCACAAAGCAUCAGAAAAUCUUGGUGUUCAAGUUUUCAGCAUUUGGAAAACACUAAAAAAGAUAUGACAUUCUGCUAUUCCUGCCAAUUGUUCUACCAAAAAAAUGUAAACUAUAGGGGAGAAUCAUUUGCAACCCAAGGAACUUCAAAUUGGAAAAAAACUCUGGAAAAAUUUAGAAAGCAUGAAAAAAGUGAAAUUCAUUUAAAGUCAUUGCAGUUUUGGAGGAAAUACCAGUUCUGUGAAGAAGCUAUAAAUGAUAAUCUACCUAUAGACUCAGAAGAUAUCAAGGGAAAUAAAAAGUAUCUAAAGCUUAUCAUUGAAAAUAUCUUAUUUCUUGGAAAACAGUGCUUGCUGUUAAAAGGAAAUGACCAGUCUAUUUCAUCUGUUAAUAAAGGCAAUUUUUUAGAACUAUUAGAAAUAAGAGCAAAAGAUAAAGGAGAAGAAAUGUUUCAGUUUAUGAAUUCACAAGUUGACUUCUAUAAUAGUACACAGGUCCGAAAUGAUAUUAUUGAGAUAAUAAAGACUGAAAUGUUGCAGGAUAUUGUGAAUGAGGUCAAUGUCUCCUCAGCUUUUUCUAUCAUAUGUGAUGAGGUAACAGAUAGUGCCACUAGAGGACAACUUUCAGUUUGUGUGAGGUAUCCACAGAAAACAUCAAAGGCUUUCUUAAUUAAAGAAAGGUUCCUGGGUUUUGUUGAUAUUGAAGAAAUGCCUGGGACCCACUUACACAGGAGCAUCACCACUUACCUGCAGCAGAUUGGAGUUGAUCUUAGUCAGAUAAGCGGCCAGGCAUACGAUUAUGCCACAACUUUGAGGGUGAAUUUUAAUACCAUGGCAGCAGAAUUCAAGAAGGAAGAACCCAGAGCUUUACACAUACAUUGUCACACACAUCUCUUUGAAUUGGCAGUGAUUAGGUUUUGUAAAGGAGUGAAAGAACUCCGAGGUGCUUUAGGUACUCUCAAGUCUCUGCUCAACACUAUUCAUAGGCAUAGAGAGGUGCUGACAAAUUUUCAAAACAUUUGUAUACUAAGUCAGAAGAAAACAUGCAAAAAACAUACAUUUUCAUCAUGUUGGACAGUCCAUGAUCACACACUAUUAUCUGUGAUUAACAGCCUUCCAGAAAUUAUUGCAACUCUGGCAUCUGCAUCCAGCCAUUCCCCAAGCACAAUUCUGACUGAUAAGUUGAGUGAUUUGUUGACAUUGGUUUCCAAGUUUGAGUUUAUCUUUUGUUUGAAAUUUCUUUAUCGAAUACUUAGUGUUACGGGAAUUCUUUCCAGAGAGCUUCAAAGUGAAACUCUAGAUAUUUUUUCUUUGUCUUCAAAAGUAGAAGCAAUUUUGGAAUGUUUAUUGUGUGAAAGAAAUGAUGUACAUUUCAAGACUGUCUGGGAUGGAGCAGAGGAGCUAUGUGGAAAAAUAACCAGUAAAGGUUUUGAAGUUGAAAAACCUUCUUUUCAAAAAAGAAGAAAAAUUCAGAAAACAACAGAUCUUUGCAAUUCAGAGAGUGUGUUUUUUCCUGCUUCAACAGAAGAACAGUAUAAAAUUAACAUUUAUUACCAAGGAUUGGAUACUGUGUUGAAAAAUUUAAAGCUGUAUUUUUCAGAGUUUGAUUACUGCAAAAUAAAACAAAUUUCAGAGCUAUUGCUUAAAUGGAAUGACCCAUUAAAUGAAGCAACAGCUAGACAUGUUCAAAUGUUCUGUAAGUUUGACGUAGACAUCAUUCCAGAGCUCAGAUUUUAUCGGCAAUAUGCAAAACUCAAUUUUGUUAUAGACUACGGAUCCAUCAACUUCACCACUCUUGGCUAUUUGUUCAUCCAGCACAGUCUUCACAAUAGCAUCCCUUGCCUCUCGAAGCUCUUAUGCAUUGCUUUAUCUUGGCCAAUUACUUCACCAAAUGAUGAAGAGUUAUUUUCUACCCUGCCUCGUCUGAAGACAUAUUUAUCCCAUACCAUGGGACAAGAGAAGCUUAGCAGUCUGGCCCUGAUGGCUGUUGAGCAGGAGUUGGUGAAUAAACUGAUGGAGCCUGAAAGACUCAAUGCAAUUGUAGAAAAGUUUAUUAUGCAGGUGAAUGAUACCUGAUACUUGUAAUUUUGAACUUAAAAGAAUUUUGUAUUUCUGUUGGAACCCUA